AGUUUCCCUACCACUUUACUCAAAACACACACACACACACAUUUCUUCAAUCCAAAACAAAACCCUAUAGCUAUUAACAAAAACAAAACUAAACAUAAUAUUUUUUUAACCUUAAUAUUUAUAAUAUAAAUGGCUUGGGAAGUGAUUCUUUGGGUUAUUUUCUUUACAAUCAAUAUAGCCCUCAUUGCCUCUAAUCUCUAUCAGAUAGUAUGCCUAACAGAUUUGGAGGCAGACUACUUGAACCCGUUUGAAUCAUCGGCUCGAAUUAACACCGUGAUCAUCCCAGAGAUGGUGGUUAAUGGUGUAUUAUGUGCUCUUUUCCUUGUGACCGGACAUUGGUUUAUGUUCCUGCUUACACUCCCCAUCACUGUAUAUAAUUAUAUGUUAUACUCCAAACGACGACAUCUUAUUGAUGUAACUGAAGUUUUCAGAUCCCUGGAUGCUGAAAAGAAGUAUCGGAUUGUGAAGCUUGCCUUUUAUUUGCUUCUUUUUGUUCUAGUCAUCAUCAGGAUGGUACUAGCGAUUGUUAAUCAUUUGAUAGAUGACGAGGAAGAAAGCAUAACUGGGUUUGGAAUAUUUUGAUUCCUUUGGUCAGAUGGGUUCCUUUGUAACAUUACUAAGUUCUUCUAGGGCAGAAUGCCAGAAUGUCCUUCCACGAGAGAGAGAAAGAGAUUCCCCGUAACAACAUAGUUCUCAUUCUGCCCAGGUUUGUAAAAUUUUGUAAUGUUUGUUGCCAACUUGCCAUGGCACAUUGUUGUUAGUUUUUAAAUCUUCCUUUGAGGUUGUAGUCAGCUAGGACAGUGUCAUAGUUGCGGAUUAUUUUAUGGAUCUUGAUCAUAUUUAUGAUUACAGUUCUUUUGUAGCCGUA